GAUCGCAUCGCUUCCAUUAGCUCGUGUCGGCGUUGUUGUAACUGACGGUUCAGUAGUCUGCUGUCGUUCGCUAUUUGUCCGUACAGUGGCUCAGUUGAAAACAAAUAUUUUGUUACUUAUCGAUCAAUGCUCACUUCCACAGCAAAUUGAAGAAUAAGGAAAAGGUAGGCUUCACUGUGAAACAAAGCAAAUAUAAAUAAUUAAUAUGAUGUAGAACUUUCGACGUAGAAACCGCGUGAACACCCGACACACAUACCGUGUUUCCAAUCGCUAAGGACAUCCGUGACUCAUGACAGACAGAUUGAAAGUAUUUGUUAUCGCAGCUUCUGAUAUCAGGUUGUAUCGGUUUGGAAAAAUCAACAUGGAGCCGGGAAAAGCGAAGAACGUGUCAUUGAAGCCAAUUUCGUACGAAAAUGUGGUACAGCGACACAGAAAUAACGAUCAGGUUUUACAAAUUAUGCAAUUUAUACGGGACCAAGACACACAUCAAACGCGUAGAUACCGGCGAGGAGGUGAGGUGGCACAAUUGAGGAAACCGGCGCCAUUGCCUAGCAUAAGAACAAAACACACCGUGACUCCAAGGUACGAGGUUCGAACACCCGAUAGUGACGAAUCGGGGUACAACGACAUGAUCGAUUCGGACUCAGACUAUGAACUUGAUAUGUACAGCAGGACAAUUCCCAGCCCUCCUCGGGCACACACACCUACGGAUAUAUUUGAUUACGGUGUCUAUGGGGCAAAUUCACGAGGAUUCGCUCGAUCCCAUCGUAGCUAUCAUUGUGAAAGUCACAACAGAAAUGAUCACGUACGAACUAGACGUGGGAACACAAAUAGAAAUAUAGUUGGUAGUGUUAAUCACUUGCCGCCUAUCGGAAGACCAGCAAUACCAAGUAGACCGUCAGCACCAGCCCCAUCAUUUACCCCACCGUUACCAGAUGCAUUGGACGACUAUGUACCAGAGGAUCCAAUCGACUACAUCGACCAACAGUAAUGGAAACGUCGGGAAGCCAGCACGUGGCGACUCCGUGUUCGAAGCCAAUGUAUUGAGCCCCGUGUUGAGAAUCGAGUUCUUUGUUCCGAUGGAAGCUUGCUUGCUUGUCAAUGGGUUGUUUGCCGUCUCCACAUUCAUGGCAUAUUGACCACGCGUAGUGGUUCAAAUGAAGUCGAAACUGGUCUCGCAAGAAGGAGAAAACACAUUUAAUUCGUCAAAUUCCGCGACCGCUAAUGUCGCGCCAAAUUCCACUGACUAUACAAUCAAAAACAUGCACGGUUACAAGGAUAAAAGGGUUCAUCGUCCUAUACUAUAGCCCUUGUGCACGCCAGACUUCAGGGUGGGUUGGGUCUUUAUUUUUUCGUAAUUGUCCGUGUUUAUCAUUAUAAUGAAUUUCUUGACUUAUCUCC